AUCAUGCUAUAGAGGGUGAAAAAUAGAAAAUCGAUUCAAACACAAUAGAAAUAUAAAAACAACGAUAAAAACUGCGAAACUAUGUUUUCAAAAAAUGCCCAGAAAUGAUGUGAAACAAUUAUGUAAUGAUAGAAAAAGUCUUCCCGGUUUAUUAAAUGAACGAACAAGAACUCGAAAAUUUAACAAAACUUUAAGCAUAAAAACAAACUCAAAUGUGCUGACUGGAAGGAAAGGGAAUAUUAUAAAAAAAGUGCCAACAUACCAUACUAAACAUCCAGAGCAACUAACAGUUAAAGCAACUGCAUUCAACACAUUAAAUCCCAAUAUCAAUGUUGGGUUUUGUAAUGUGGAUGUCGAAAACGACUAUACUGAAACUAAUAUAUUUUCUACUCAUUUUUAUCCGGUUGUUACAGUAAUUGUUAAAGAUCCUGAAGCAAUAGAGAUUCAAUCAAUCGAGGACUCAAAUUCUUUAAAUUAUAAGCUGCUAGAUAAUAUUAGUGUAGACUCAAAAUCUAAAAUUGAUAAAGUCCAUAGUCAUGAUUUAACAUUAAAAAAAAAUAGAAUAUCUGUUUCUCCUGUAAAGUCUUUAAAAUACAAAAAUAAACCGAAACCUCUAAUAACUAAAACUGUAUUAAAAUCAAAUCAUAGACUUAAGUCUCUGAGACCUAGAAAAAACGUUGCUGAAAUUAACCGUAAAGAAAUUGUUGUGCCAGAUGUAUUUAAUGGGCCCGUUUGUUCAGUGUUCACAGAAAUUGAUUCAAACCAACUAAAUAAAAUAGAAGUACUGGAAGAGUGUUUAGCAAAAGGUCCCAAGAUUAAACGUAAAUGUUCUAGCAGUAAUACUUAUCAAUUUAAAUCAAAUAGAAUUCAAUUAAAAAAAGGUAUUGAACAAAAUAGUGAUAUUACUUUAGAUAGUACAAAUAAGAGAAAACGUACAUGCAAUAUGUCACUCUAUGAACAGCGGUACACAAACGACGAUAGCCGAAAUGUUGCAAAUGGCUAUGGAACAUCCACACGAAGUUCUACCUCUGCUGUGCACACGGACAUUGAUGCACAGGAAAUGUCCACACAUAAUCAAUAUUACAUGAGUACAUCAACUGCAGCUCUGAGUAGUAGUUCUACAAGUAAUGUUGGUAGUUUACAAAGCAUGGCAACACUUUGUAACAUUGGAAAUACUUGUUACUUAAAUUCCGUUGUGUAUACAUUACGUUUUGCACCACAGUUUUUACACAACCUGCACCAUUUAAUUGCAGAUUUGAGUACAAUACAACUUAAUUCAAAACAACGUUGCAAAUCAUCUUCUUUGGGACGCGGUAUUAGUUCUAUGCAUAUACGAAGUUGGAGUAAUAAAGAUUUGGCUUCAUUAGAACAAUAUAAUUAUGUAUCUAAUGCUGGUAAUGCUAGUAAUCAGAAGUCGAGUCAUCAAUUGCUAACUGAGAAAUUACAUGAAUUGUAUCAAAACUUACAUCAUAAUGAAAUAGCUGACUCAACAGAACCUUUUCACGCUGACACAUUAUUACAUGCUAUACAGGAUGUGAGUGCAAUAUUCGAGGGAAAUCAACAACAGGAUGCUCAUGAGUUUUUGAUGUGUCUUCUAAAUAGCAUACGAGAAACAUGCCAAGUUCUUAUUAAAACAAUCGCAGAGUGUCCCGAUAUUAUUACUAAUGGUUAUGUAUCAUAUAUGGAUGAGCUAGAUAAUGGAUAUACGGCAGAUAAAAAUGUUGAAAAAUCUCUUGGUAUCAGUAAUUCAACAAAGAACUCAUUUUUGCGUAAAACAAAACGAAAAGAAGAUACGAAAAACUCCAAAAAUCAUCGUGUGCAAUCCCCGUUAAAGGAGUCAAGCAAUAGUGGAAUAAAUAACUCCAUUUCGAACAGUUUAUUUUACCUGAAUACUGUAGAUCUUGCAAGCACAAAUGCUCAAACAAACCAUAAUAAUGCUAAUGCAGUGAAUUCAUCUACUACAUCAAAAAGUUUUUAUGGUGAUGAUUCUGUAAUAGCUACCACACUAAAGGAUAAAGAACGUCUGACUAAAAAAAUAAAAGAUUUAGGUUUAGACUUUUUCAGUGAAGAUUUUGAAGGAAUCACUGUUUCAACGACAAAGUGCUUAAGUUGUGAAACUAUAACAGAACAAAAGGAGAGAAUGAUUGACAUUGCAGUUCCUGUACCAAUAUCGGGAUGUUCAGAUUAUAUGGAAAAAUCAAAUACGUUUAUACAGAACUCCUGUGUAACACGAGAAUAUUUUCGUGGUGAGAACAAGUAUAGAUGUGAAAAAUGUACGGGGUAUACUGAAGCAAUACGAUCUAUAUCUUAUGAAGUUUUACCGCGGCUGCUUGUUAUACAGUUGAGUCGUUUUUCUGGUGGCAUGGAGAAAAUAAAUAGCUACAUUCCAACAUCAUUUACAUUACAAUGUUUUUGCGCGAAAUGCUGUGAAUUAAGCGAUGCAAAUAAAUUACAUAUAUAUAAAUUGUACAGUGUUAUAACACAUGUAGGCGCAACGAUGUCAGUUGGGCAUUAUAUUGCUUAUACAUGCUCACUUGAUUGGGCAAAUGAAUAUAUUAAUUGUCCUAAAGAUCGACGUAACAAUCAAACAGCUAAUCAACAUACGAACAAUACGAAUAGUAAUGUUUUUACACAAGUGAAUAGUAAUGAACGAACACAAGGUAGUCAAAGUUCGAGUGCAAGUGCUGCAGCGUCUGCGAUAGCGUCAUCAGGUAGUAAACUCAUAAAGAAAAUGAUUUGGAGUAAAGCUUCUAGCAGUGGAGAUAUGAGCAAAAGUAUUAAAAACUCAAAUUCGGCAAACAAAAGUAUUACAAAUGGAAUAAGUAAAACCAAUUUAAGUACAACUUGUAACAGUUUAAAUUGCUGCGCUACACGUACUUGUGCAUUUCAAUAUAACAACACAGAGGACCUUAGUGAAGAAUCUUUACAGAAUGGUUUCAAUUAUAGCGGAAAUAUUAACAAUACAAAUUAUAACAAUAUGCCAACUAGUUAUGGUAGUACUGGACGCGCAGGUAUAAGAAAUCCGUACAAACCAAAUCAUACCUCAACCGGAAACAGUGGUUCUGAACCUAUUUGGUAUAUGUGCGAUGAUGAUAAAAUAAAAGCAAUGACUCAAAAAGAAUUUGAAGAUUUAUUAUCGCCAACGCGUAAAAUAACAAUAACUCCCUAUUUAUUAUUUUAUGCCCGCUUUGAUCUGCAGCAAGCUACAAAUCAAACUUCCAAACAAAUAACAUCGUCUAAACCUACUUGGUCCAAUGAGAGUCUAGCAUCAUAUGGAUUACAAAAAGUAUAAAAAAUGUUAUAAUUUAGAAAUUCUAGGUUUUUAUAGAAUGUAAGCUAUUUAAAUAUUAAAAUAAAUGAUGACAAAAAGCAGUUAAAAUUUAUAUGCUUGUCACAUUAAAAUAUAUAGCACUUUAGGACUAUAUAUUAUUCAAUAUUUUUUACAUUACUUUGCGCUAGACUUUUGCUCUUUGAAUAAAAGCAGUAUUUACAUAUUUUGUUAGCCUUUUUGAAGCAAAUAUUUCUAAUUGUUGAUAGUAUCAUAACCAAAUGACUGAUUAUAUUUCUAUUAAAUAUAUUAUUUAAUGUCUGAACUAUAAAAUAUACGUGAGCUAUAAGUGUAAUAUGUGUAAAACCUUAAAUGAUAAUAUAAAAAAAUUAGUUUAAAAAAGUAGAUUUAAAAAAGGAAAACAUGGGAUUUAGAAACUAUAAAUACUGGCUGCCUUCCGGCAUUUUAAUGCGAUUUAAAUAUAUUUAAAGAAAUUUACGUGGACUUAA